AUGAUGGUGGAAGGCUCAUUUACUCGGAACGAAGUGUUCCAAAUGGCUAUAAGGGUCGCAUUUGUGUCUGCAGUGACUUAUUUCUCCAUCAAGUGGCUGGUGAACCAAAUAGAUCCCACUUCCAAGAGUCGGAAGAAGGCCGAGGAGCGAGCGCGGGAACAGUUACGCAAGGUAUCUUGCAGAGCAGGCCUUGGGGGCAAGCAUACAGUUGCUUUGGACAAACUUACGGACCAUGAAAUGAUCAUAGCGUCGCAACUAGUUAUCCCAGAUGAGAUUAAUGUAAGCUGGAAAGAUAUAGCUGGAUUAGAUAACUUGAUCCAAGAGCUUCGGGAGACUGUUAUCUUGCCUAUACAGAAAAGAGAAUUGUUUGCUGACAGCAGACUCACACAGCCGCCCAAAGGAGUGCUCUUACAUGGACCUCCUGGUUGCGGUAAGACGCUCAUAGCCAAAGCGACAGCGAAGGAAGCACAGAUGAGCUUCAUCAAUUUAGACGUGUCGUUGUUGACGGACAAGUGGUAUGGAGAGACGCAAAAGCUAGCGGCCGCUGUAUUCAGCCUCGCAGUGAAGUUGCAGCCCUGUAUUGUGUUUAUUGAUGAAAUUGAAUCCUUUUUACGUACGCGUACUCAGCACGACCAUGAAGCGACUGCCAUGAUGAAGACCCAAUUCAUGUCAUUGUGGGACGGACUCAUCACCGACCCUACUUGUACAGUCAUUAUUAUGGGUGCAACGAACCGUCCCCAGGACUUGGACAAGGCCAUCCAGCGCCGCAUGCCCGCCACCUUCCACGUGCCCAUGCCCAGCGAGAUGCAACGGGAACGGAUACUCAAACUCAUCCUGCAAUCCGAGCCGGUUUCUGAUGAUAUCGAGUACCGGCGGCUGGCGGCGGCGACCGACGGCUUCUCGGGCUCCGACCUGCACGAGCUGUGCCGCCACGCCGCCGUGUACCGCGUGCGGGACCUCGCAAGGGACGAGGUGGCCAAGGAGAUGAACCAGAAGGAGAACCGGUCGAGUACGGAGUCGGACGACGAGUACCAGGACGCGGUCCGGCCCAUCACGAUGGAGGACUUGCGUUUGUCGCUCAACAAACUGAAGGAGUCCAAGAUACAGUGCGGCGCCCUGCCCGGACACGUGAGGAUAGAGCUCGACUAGACGUCGCCAUUAUUCGUUUGUUUCCUAAUAGACUUACCGUUUCGUGCCUCACAGGUGAAAUUUUUUUUUGUUGUCCUUGUAGGCAGACGGCCCACCUGAUGGUGAGUGUUUACCGUCGCUCAUAGACUUCAGCAAUGCCAGGGGCAGAGCCGAGCCGCUGCCUAGCGUUAAAAUAGAAAUGUGAAUGGUUAAAUAUUAAAUACGCUGUUCAAAGUUUGAGAACCACUGUUUUUUUUUUUUUUGUAAUGUCAAUUGUCUUAUUGUAUGUUGUAGUUGGUUUAUUUAUUAGUGACGCGGAUCCAAGAUCCCAUGUAAAUGUAUGCGCUUUAUAUUUUAUGUAAAUCAUCAUAAAUUCAAAAGAAUAGUUUUUUGUCAUUUACACAAUCAUCUCUACACAGAAGUGUGAAUAAUACCUACAGUUACAUUAAGGUGCAAUUAUUAAUAGUUGAGACCACGAAUUAACGAGAAUACUUGAAUGACAUUUACAACAAUUGAAAUUCGUUUGCAAGCAAACGUUAGAGUAAAGGUAAUUGAAAUGUUUUUGUGAAUUAUUCUUAAAGUUACCCGGAAUUACUAACCAAACAAAUUAAAAAAAAAAUUACA